AUUUAAAGAGCAGUCCCUGAAUUCUUCUUACUUACCUCACACUCUGUGACGGUUUAAUGGACCCACACUCAACUCUGUUCUGCUUCUAAUACACGUGUUAAAGAAACACGUGAGUUGUCUGACUGAACUACAAUACACCCUAAUACGCCCUAACCACAAAAACUCACAUCAGGUUUUACAAGCUUAUCUUCAUAUCUUCCUGGCAUAAGGACAUUUCCUCAUACCCAGUUUUCUGGUUUAUUGUUCUACUAUUGAAGUAAAUGCUUUAGUCUUGGUAGUCAUUUACUCUCAUUGUGUGGAGAGAGUAAUACCUUUACUAUGUGUGUCUCUCUGCUGCUGCUACUGCUGGUCUGCGGCGCCCAGUCGUCUCAUUUUUACGGGACAGUAAUGACUUAUUACCCAAAAAACACUAAUGCAGAUGGAUCUCUCACGGUUGUCCUUCGCUAUAAGCUGAGCUUCCACCUUUUUUCUUCGAGCAACUUCUGGACCUGCCCUUCUCUAAAUUGCGGGAAUCAGACUUCUCUGGAGCUAAACAUGGUGGACCAGGAGAGCAGUGGAGAGUGGUUUCAAAGAGAGGGAAUCAUGACUCGGCAGGUUCCCAUCAACUCUCAGUUCCAAUUAGAGUUGUCUGGCAAUGCCUGGAUAAAUAAUAACUAUGGCAUCUCAAGAUGGAAAGCUGUGACUGGAGUGGAGCUGGGGAACAGGUCGGACAUCAGACAAGCCAACACAUCGCCCCAGACCACAAUCCUGCCAGCCUUGAGAGUUCCUUCAAACUGUCAGAGAGAUUUCCACCUGCUGGACUUUGAUCCGGAUGGAGAUGAGGUCAGAUGCAGAUACGCAAACUCCUCUCUGUCAGAGUGUACCCAGUGCACUACGCCGUCUGUUCUCAGCCUCUCAGAAUCCUGUAUUCUGUCCUUCAGCCCCAACAGCAGCGUAAACGAAGGUCCGUACAUUGUCCAGAUGGUGAUGGAGGACUUUCCCAGGCAGACCAUCUCUCUGACUCAAAACGGAGGGCUGACAGUCACCAGUGCUAUCAGCAAAAUACCUGUCCAGUUUGCUGUAAGAGUGGACCCCGCAGUGCCCUCCUGCACAGAGGGACUCUAUCUGCCCAGGUUCCUGACUCCAACUCCAGCCAACAAAGCUCAACUGUACACCCCUGUCAAUCAGACCCUUUCUAUCAGCGUCAAUGCAGAGGCUAAUGUCUCCACGACGCUUGAGCUGCUGUUCAGCGGGCCGUACAACAUGAACAAGAGUUCAUUAGGAGCAGGACGGUUCCUCCUGAGAUGGACGCCGUCUCAAGAAGAAGACGGAGAAAGCCAUCCCAUCUGUUUUGUCAUCCAAUCAAUCACGAAUUCAACCACCAAAUAUCAGUCUGAGCUCCGAUGUGUCAUUGUGACUGUUGGAAAUGAGCCAACAAUAACCACAGCCGUUCCAUCAACAACACCACCAGUAACUGGAGUCUCAAAACAAGGUGUUGUAGCUAUGAGAAUCAACAUUUCCUCUGCGUCUCCACUGUCUGAAGACUUCAUCAGGAGUACCAUCAUACAACAGAUUAAAGACGAGCUGGUGAGAAAAGGGCUGCCAUCAGACAUAACUCUACGCCUCGUCAGAAGUGUUCAACUGGGACUCACAACCCGAGCAACCCCUGUAAAUUAAGCCUGAAUAUUUGUAGGUACCGCUCAAAUGUAAAACCUUAAGGUCAGCCUCUUUUGAGCAAACAACACUUCAUGAGCUUUUAUUCCUAACUUCACCUGAAGAUGACAUUAAUGCUCCGAAUUUGACAAUCUGAAUUAAGGACUAUCUACUUUCACCAAAGGAAAUCAAAUUAAUUACAGGUAUUAAAAUCCUUCGAAGCAAAAUCUGGGUGAAUGCAAACCAUAGCUGUGUAAAUGUAGUGUUUUUACUGAUAUUAUAUUUACAUAUUUGAAGUGUAUUGUAUUUUUUAUAUAUACGGGAUUUGAUUGGCUGACGGGAUUUGAUUGGCUGACGCUUCCAGCUCAGCUUCAAAAGUAGAACA